GCCACGUUUGCAUAUAUCCUAGCUGUAGUUCUCGCGGAAUGAGAGAGUAUUUUGGCAGGGAUGAGUGAUCAAAGAACAGUAAAAGCAGGAGAAGGUAUGGGUGAAAAGGAACAAGAGGAAUCUCUAUUGGAGUCAAGGAGAAGAUUGCCUUCCAUCAUGAGUUCCGAAUUAAAUGUCCCUGUGGACCCUCCUGCGUCUGCCUGCUGUGCUGAGCCAGCCGUCAAGGGCAUGGACUACCGGGAUUGGGUCCGUCGCAGUUACCUGGAGCUGGUCACAUCCAACCAUCAUUCCGUUCAGGCCCUUUCAUGGCGGAAAUUAUAUCUCAGCAGAGCCAAGUUGAAAGCUUCCAGCCGGACCUCUGCACUGCUGUCUGGAUUUGCCAUGGUGGCCAUGGUGGAAGUCCAGCUUGAGAUGCAGUAUCAAUACCCCCAGAUGUUGCUGAUUGCUUUUAGCGCCUGCACCACCAUUCUAGUUGCCGUCCACCUCUUUGCCCUCCUCAUCAGCACUUGCAUCUUGCCCAACGUGGAAGCGGUGAGUAACAUCCACAACCUGAACUCCAUCAGCGAGUCCCCCCAUGAGCGCAUGCACCCGUACAUCGAGCUGGCGUGGGGCUUCUCCACCGUCCUGGGCAUCCUGCUCUUCCUCGCCGAGGUCGUUCUUCUGUGCUGGAUCAAAUUCCUGCCGGUGGACUCGGUGCUGAAGAACGACACCGCCGUCGUCCAAAAGGCUAGUCAGCACACCGGCUGGCAAGCGGCCCUCAUCUCCACCAUCAUCAUGGUCCCCGUGGGGAUCAUCUUCGUCGUCUUCACCAUCCAUUUCUACCGGUCGCUCGUCCGCCACAAGACGGAGCGCCAUAAUCGGGAGAUAGAAGAGCUUCACAAACUGAAAGUGCAGCUCGAUGGGCAUGACAGGGUGUUGCAGGUGGUGUGAUGCUAGGAGGAUGUUCAUAACAGGAGGCGAUGGAAACAGAUAAGGAACGCCCUAGGAGGCCUACGAUUCCCAGAUGCCAACCCCUUCCUACUUGAUGUUUUUCUGGACAGCCAGCUCCUUCUGGUCCUUCCUACCUAUGGACAGCAUCAUCACGUUGUUAACAUUGAAGGCUUUGCCUACAUCCAUCCAGUGGU